AUGCACAAUGAAUUUACGGUCGUUUACGAAAAGGAUGACGGGUGGUACAUCGGAUACUGCCUGGAAAUUCCUGGGGCCAACGGCCAGGGGAAGACCAAGGAAGAGUGUCGGACCGACCUCGCCUGCGCCAUAGCUUUGAUUCUCAAGGACCGCCGGGAGGAUGGCAUGAGAAGCACUCCCUAUGGCACUAAACCUGAAACCAUCGGCCUGCCCGACGCGCUGCCAGAGGGUGAAUACACCGUUAUAUGA